CAUUCAAACUCACAAGUCGAAAAUAAACAGACAAUGCCAUAGCUUAAAAAGAAAAAAAAAUAUUGUAACAUUUUUAUAUGUAAGGUCAAGUGUGUUAUGUAAUUGUAUCAGGUUUACCUACAUUUGUAUUUUCACAAAUAGCCAUUUAAUACAGUUAGAGAUCAUCAGAGAUAUUAAUUAAGAGUUAUAUUUAGAUUUCUUUGUUUGACUAAUGAGCCCUAAUGAUUUACAUAUGCUGCCCUAGUAAAUUAUUGUAAGGAGCACGGAACACUAGGAGCCCGGAUUUCCGGAGCACGGAAUACACGGAGCCCGGUUGUCCUAGUAGUCCAUAUUUGUACACGGGCUUGUAGGAGUGAUAUAAAAGAGAGAAAGAGCGUGAGAUAGGGGAUAGAGAGAAUUUAUAGUGAGGAGAGGACAGUUACGUUUAUAGUAGAGAGGAGAACCGUAUUGUUGAGCCUGAAAUUAGAUGUACAUUUUGUUAUACUUGUAACUUUGUCAUAGUCGUGUGAUUUUGAUAAUACAGUAUUGAACUUUUAUUCGAUUUCGUGUUUAUGUUCACUUACAAGAUUUCGUUCAGACUAUACCAGGAUCCAUUUAUUUAUUUAUGUGACCAGGAUUCCCUUAAUCACGCUACCAGUAUAUUUCUAGUGUAACCCUGUGAUAGAGUAUACUUGGCAUUUGUCGUCCGUGUACGAGUGAAAGGCACGACCUGAAACCUUUACACCCAACAACACAGCACCAACAGACGGAUACGCACUUUAAGUCAAGUUGUAUACCUAACUUUUCGUCACAAUAUAAUAUAUGUGGUCAAUAUCUCGUUUAUGCCUCCUACGAACUUUUAGUGUUAUAGAUAACAUUGCAAUAGCGUUAGCAUGAUAAGUGCUUGGAUGGGAAAUGAUAAAUCUCAUCAAUACUUGCAGAACUACACCAGGACUAAGAAACGAAGAGUUCACGUAUGAUUUCACGCAACUCUAUUGUGCAAAGUUGGUUUUUUGAAGAAUACGAAUAAUUCAUUCAAAACUUUGCGACCCGCCCGUUUCAAUUUUUUCCAUAAUAUAUGAAUAUAGAUUAUUGAAUUAAAUCUCGACAUUUCGAGUCCAGAGGCUAAUGCUGCUAACAUCGAAUCAAUAACAGUGCAGAAAAUAAUCAGUCAUUUUAUAGUAUUGCCAUAAUGAUAACCGAAUAUGAAGUAAUAUGAAAUUUUGAGAGCGAAACUGAAGUGAAAAAGAUAUCCAAAACAUCUGUAGAAAUAUUUAUGAUACGCCUAAUUGUUGCUGCAUGGAGAAGUCUUCAGAAAAUCAAGACCAUCGAUAUAUAUAUAAUGCUGUGUCGCUUGACGGUUAGGAAAAUUUGGUUAAUCAAUAAUCUUGUAAUUCAAUAUCAAUUUUGUGAAUAGUCGACAUUUGCAAAAUGAGUUUUAAUAGAAAGUUUUUUAAAGUCAUCAAAUGUUUGUACAAAACACGGAUUCCUAAAAUAAUAAGUGGAUUUUUUCUGCUAUAUUUUGUGUUUUCUGGUUUAUUUUAUAUCCGACAAUUUGACAAAUCUACGAAAACGAAUGGCUCAAAAGAGAACCGACCUCACAUUAUAUUAGGAAUUUUAAGUCAACAAAAGAAUUAUCAUUUUCGGGUUACUCAAAGAGACACUUGGAUUAAAACAAUGUUAUAUUUAAAGGAUAUAUUACCUUUCAAUGUUACAUAUAAGUUUUUGUUAGACAACCCAUCUUCUGAGUCAAUCCAAGAAAAUAACUUGCACAAUGACAUAGUGUAUCUAAAUGUAUCACACAAUGGACAAGCUGUAAAAUUUGGUGAAAAAAUGUACGUGUGGUGGCAUUAUAUCUAUAAGGUAUAUCCAUACGCUCUUAUGGGGGCCCGAAUCGACGACGAUGCUUUUGUAUGUGUUCCUCAGAUUUUUCAAAGAUUAGAUAGUUUGAAAUCCGGAACUCUAUAUUAUGGAUGGAGACACGGCAAGAGAAAACAGAUUGACAGGAAUAACAGAAUUGAUGAUAUGUUUCUAGUUUUGGGAAUGGAUCUCAUUUCCCUUAUUUCUAAAAAGACUUAUUGCAGUGAAAGUGAAUGCAAAAAUAAGGACGAAUUGAUUGAAACUGAAUAUGGCGGUACUUCUAUGGCAGAAUGGUUGUCUGUAUAUAAUGAUAACAUAAAUUUUGUACAUUUUGUAGGUGAUAAUGACCGUAUUGUGCAAUUAGGUACUUAUUAUAAUGAUAGCUAUAGGAAGUAUUUAAAGCCUGAUUUUUGUGACAACAAAUUAGUUUUUCAUCAAUCGACAUGUGAAAUGAUGCAUCAGCUCCAUUUAUACAAUAACCACUUGGUUAUUGGGUAGCAGGACCAACCAAUUAUAUUGGACCGUAACUAUAGAUUGAGCAAUUCAAGUAGAGUCUUUUUGUGGCUAUUUUCAAUAUGUUGAUAUCUAAUCUUCAAAAUACGACGAAUAACAAGAAAAGACAUAAAGUUGUUUACUGAUGUUCAUAGAUGUUUUAUUACAGUUUCAUUGUGUGUUUUAUUACUUAAGACCUGAAUUUGUAAAGAACACCUUUCAUGUUUCUAACGACAAGAUCUUUCUGUAAAAAGUAAAAUAGCAAAAAAUACCGAACUCCGAGGAAAAUUCAAAUCAGAAAGUCCAUAAUCAAAUGGCAAAAUCAAAAACUCAAACACAUCAAACGAAUUGUUCCAUUAACAAAACUUCAACAACUCUGAAGGAAUUAUCAUUCAAUGUGUUAUCAAAACAUACAUAUACAAGUGAAUGUGACGUGAAUGGAGUGUUUUGAGUUAUUCAUACUGUAAAGUUGUUUAUUUUAGUGGGGCUGAAGUUCUGCAAUUUAUACGAUUUUUUAUGGUUUUAAAUUAAAGGUUUUUUCAAAAAGCCUUAAA